AUGAGGCAGGUGCCGGCUGUGGCCCUGCUCCUGCUCCUGCUGCUGCUGCGGUUUGGGACUCAGGAGGCUGAGGCAUUAAUUGCCUGCGGGAGCCCGAGGAUGCUGAACCGGAUGGUGGGCGGGCAGGACGCCUUGGAGGGCGAGUGGCCAUGGCAGGUCAGCAUUCAGCGAAAUGGAAGCCACUUCUGCGGGGGCAGCCUCAUCACAGAGCGGUGGGUCCUCACCGCAGCGCACUGCUUCUCCAACACCUCUGAAACAUCCCUGCUGUACCAGGUCCUGCUGGGGGUGCGGCAACUGGUGAAGCCAGGGCCGCACGCCAUGUACGCCCGGGUGAAGCGGGUCAAGAGCAACCCCCUGUACCAAGGCAUGGCCUCUAGUGCCGAUGUGGCUCUGGUGGAGCUGGAGGCACCUGUGACCUUCAACAAUUACAUCCUCCCUGUGUGUGUGCCUGACCCCUCAGUCGUCUUUGAGACGGGCAUGAACUGCUGGGUCGCCGGCUGGGGCAGCCCCAGUGAACAAGACCACCUGCCCAACCCCCGGAGCCUGCAGAAACUCGCUGUGCCCAUCAUUGACACGCCCAAGUGCAACCUGCUCUACAGCAAGGAUUCUGAGUCCGGCUUCCAGCCGAAAACCAUCAAGGACGACAUGCUGUGUGCUGGCUUCGCCGAGGGCAAGAAGGACGCCUGCAAGGGAGACUCGGGGGGCCCCCUGGUAUGCCUUGUGGGUCAGUCAUGGCUGCAGGCUGGGGUGAUCAGCUGGGGUGAGGGCUGCGCCCGCCGGAACCGCCCAGGUGUCUAUAUCCGGGUCACCUCCCACCAUAACUGGAUCCAUCGGAUCAUCCCAGAACUGCAGUUCCAGCGGGCUAGCUCGGGUGGCCAGAAGCGGGAACCCCGGGGCCAGCAGCCCCUCAGUCGGAACUUUGCACCCUGCCUGGCAGCCCAUGCCAUCCUCCUGGUCCUCAUGGCCCUGCUCACCUUCCUCUGAGCUGCGCUCAGGCCAGU